GACUGAGCUUACGCCGUCAUCAACGCAGUCACGUUUGUUUAUUUUGAUGCCUCAUACGUGACUUCGCUCCUUCAUUUUGCCGUUUUAAAGCGGGGACUGGUGUCAGUCUACCCCCAGAGCCUUAUUUUCAGGUUGACGGUGUGACAUUUCAGGAUUAUGGCUGACGGUCAAGAGGCUGAUGUCGACGAUCCGCCCAGUAUCAAUUUCCCACCGCUCAUCACUGUGUCCGAUCUGCCCAGUGCCACUGCUGCAGGUCGUAACCUGAAGGAAUGGCUGCAGGAGCAGUUCUGUGACAAACCUCUGGAGCAGGAUGACAUGCGACUUCACAACGCAGCAUAUGUCGGAGAUUUGGACACUCUGAGGAAUCUGCUGCAGGAAGACAGCUUCAGACGGCGCAUCAACGAGAAGUCCGUGUGGUGUUGUGGCUGUCUGCCGUGUACCCCUCUGCGGAUCGCAGCCACAGCGGGUCACGCCGCCAGUGUGGCCUAUCUGAUAGCACAAGGGGCCGAGGUGGACCUGGUUGAUGUGAAAGGUCAAACGGCCCUGUACGUAGCUGUGGUUAACGGUCACCUGGACUGUGUCAGGAUCCUCCUUGAAGCUGGAGCUGAUCCUAACGGAAGUCGCCAUCAUCGCAGCACCCCGCUGUAUCAUGCAGCGCGAGUGGGACGGCUGGACAUACUGCAGGAGCUCAUCAGGUUCAAUGCUGAUGUAGACAUGGACCACCAGCUCGGUCCCCGGCUCCUCUUAAGUGCCCGCACCCUAAACACCCUGGUCGUAUGUCCUCUCUACAUCAGCGCUGCCUACCACCACCUCCACUGUUUCCGGCUGCUUCUCCAAGCUGGAGCUCAGCCUGAUUUUAACUACACUGGGCCCGUCUGCCACGAGGCUCUGACCCGCGGCCUGGCCUCCUGCCUGCUGGAUGCUGUGCUGAGACACGGAUGUGAAGUGGCCUUCAUCCACCUGCUGCUGGACCACGGAGCAAACCCGGCCCUUGUUCCCUGGGAUGAGGCUGAGCUGGAGGCGCCUAAUCGGAGGAAGGUGGAUCCAGAAGCACUUCAGGUCUUUUUGGAGGCAAGAAGAACCCCACGGAGGCUCACACACCUGUGUCGCAUCAGGAUCCGCCGAACGCUGGGCAAAAGUCGUUUAAACCAGAUAACCUCAUUACCACUACCACAACCCAUCAAAAACUUCCUGCUUCACCUGAACUGAAAACCAUCCACUUCCUUCUAUAGAUAUCUCUGAUCUGACCUUAAAAACUGCCCAGGAUAGGGCAGGUUUUUUUUAACCCCAGUUUUCUUAUAUGUCUGAAAACAGUGAAGAGUGAUGUAACACCCCUAUCUUGAUGGUUUUGAGCUAAUAAGAGAAACCUUUGGCUGUCCUCAUUCAUGAAAACUUUAUGUACUGCUAAAUGUUUGCCUUGUAACCGUCCAGUUUGAUGAUGUGUUCUGGUCCUUCAUGUAGCACUUUACAGCUUAAAAGCCAUAUUGUGACUGACAUUCAUUUUGGAGCAGAGACCUAAACAUGUCAUGUAUAAAACCCCCUCUUAAGAGCUGAGAAACAAAAACUCAAAUGCGGCUCGUUGAAUUGCUUUAAAUGCUUGUCCAGUUUAUGUAAACUGGGAUUUUAGCUAUAUUACCAGCUCUCAGCAGGAAGAAAUGUGCAGAAACCAAAUAUUCUCACAUUUGAGAGACAAAACGAGUGGUUUGGAAAGUCUCCUAGAUUGUACUUGUAAUGUGAUUCUUCUUCUGUUGAUACAUUAAGCACUUUGAAUUAACAGGCAAUGGAAAUGCUUGGAAAUCGGUUGGUAAACCCCAAAUAAUGGCAUUCUGUGUUCACAUUUGUGCUGGUUGGUGGUGUUAGAUGAUUUUAGCCGUAUGCCUUAACAAUGUGGUUGCUAAAAUUGCCUCAAAGAUUGAGAAGACCCCAAAGUUUUGAUGGAGAAUAAUGGGCAAAGCUAAAAGUGAGUAGUUUUUCAGGUCCUGUAUAUUAACUAGAAGACUUGCAGCAUGAGACGAGUUUACAUCAUAGGUGUAAUUACAAAAAUUUGUGUUAAUUAUCUACAUAAAGAGGAGACUUUGUAGAAUAUAUUUACUGCGAAAGUGUAUUUAAGCAACAUUUCUGUUAAUGAGACAUAUUUAUAAUGCUAUAUGAUGUAUUUAUGAUUCAUUUAGAAAACAUUGCACUAAUGUCUGUGCAUGUCUGUUGCAGAGCUUUGUUUUACAUUUUUUAUGACAUGUCAGUGUAUUUGGCUUUGUAAAGCUCAUCUUUCUUUGCAUACAGUAAAUGUGCAAUAAUU